AUGGAGUUUAUAGUGAUGGUGGUGGUGGGGAUGGGAAUGGCGGUGGCGAUGGUGGUUUGUGGGGGAGGUAGUGGUGGUGGAGGUGGUGGCGGCGAUGGUGAAGGUGGUGGCAGUGGUGGUGGCAGUGGCAGUGAUGGUGAUGAUGCUAGUAGUGGUUGUGGUGGUGGUGACGGUGGGGCUAAUAGUGGGGGUGGUAGUGGUGGUGGAUGUGGUGAUAAGGGUGGUGGCGGUGAGGGUAAGGGUGGUGGUGGUGGCAGUGAUGAUGAUGGUGCUGGUGGUAGUAGUGGUGACGGUAGGGAUGAUGGUGAAGCUGGUAAUAGGGGCGGCGGUGAGUGGUGGUGGUGUUGGGGGUGGUGUCGAUGA